AUGCAACAACUUGACUUAGAGUACAUGAUUUUUUUUAAAACAUCUACCACGAGGCGCAUUUAUGUGUUCUUAAAAUUAGCAUCUUCAUCUCAAAGAUCCGCAGUAGGGUAUACCACAAAAUAUAAGAGAUACGUUGCGUCCUUAGGGUUUAGUAUGGUCCAUGUAUACUGGCCUAAAGUUCUACUCGGAAAUUCGGAGAUAGAUGUAGAACUAUGUGUAAUUGCAUACCAGAAAGAGGGAGCAGACCUUGUUGUUUUAUCCUUGGUAACGGAGGAACAGUACAAGAGGGAAGUGAAUGAACCGUUUGUGAAAAUAGGAAUAAUAGAUCGGCAUGGUGAGUUUCAGUUUGAAUUGCAUAUGAAGAAUGGUGCAAAGGUUAAGGUAAUAGAGUUUGUUCCUCCAAAGUUAACGCUAAUGCAGUUUUUUUCAUUAGAACCUAUUUCAUUGACUCUCCCUGAGAAGCUGCAGGUCGAUUCCUUUGAAGAUCAUUUAGAGUCGCCUUCCAAUUAUUUGAAGCUUAUGAACUAUUCUAAAUUGAAGGCGGAUAAUCAAUUGAGGGCAUCAUUGGACAUUAUAAAUAUGUACUACAAGCAUUUAGAAACGUUCAACUGUCUGUAUCCGGAAUAUGCUGAGCGUAAGCUGGAUUUUACUAAAGUAUGGACCAAUGCAAAGAAAUGGGCGAGGUUGACGUUUGGUUAUAGGAUAUUCUGUCAUCUGUUACUUUAUUCUGUGGUUGUGAUCCGGUUGUCUGCUGGAGGGUUGUCUGCUUUGUUAAAUUGGGAUAAGCUUCCCUUAAUUUCAAUAUCUGCUACCAUGCAACAAAUUGACUUGAGAGCUCAGCAAAUUUGCUACAUACCUGUUCAGUACAUGCGUAUUAAUGGGGGUGUCUCUUUGCAGACUGCAGAUCCUCGUUUGACACAAACAGAAAAGCGUAAUGUCAUCAGUUCUGGAAAACCGAACGAUCGGCGAAAGAGUUUUUCUUUCCAGAGUUUACCAUGCGAGUAUUAUCCUGAUUAUAUCAGAUUGUAUAACACAUUGUGGCUUAUUGCCAACGAUGUGUCAUUAGGUGUUACACUUGGAGCUUUGCUACUUGAGAAAAGGAUCCCACUUUCGCAAGCUUUGCAUUUUGGGUUACAUGUUGCUUUAUUCGAAUAUCCUAUUAGAAUUACAAAAUUUUUAGUUGAGAACCCAUUUGGAAUUAAACUUAAUGCAGAAUUAUCCAAAUUCUUGAGUGAACUCUUUAUAUGGAUAAUGCAAUUUGCGUAUACACUGUUUAUUGCUCCACUCAGCCUCACAUCAACAUUGGAUAAAUUCAUUUUAUUUGUUGCUCAUAUAUCUACUUUAUUUGGUGCAACACUAGCUUUGGCAAUAUUCGUUGACUGUAUUUCACUUUUAUCUUUGCAUAUUUCACUGUUUUACUUGAUCAGUGCCAGGUUGUACCGUUGGCAGAUCACUGUAAUGGCGGCUCUGUUUUAUUUGUUUUGGGGAAAAAAGAUUAAUGUGCUAAGGAACAGAAUCGAUAAUCAUACGUUUAAUUUGGACCAAAUGCUAAUGGGUACUCUAAUAUUUAUCGUUUUAAUCUUUCUCUUUCCCACUGUACUUGCAUUCUAUCUUACUUACACAAUUAUGAAGCUCUUAUUCGUUGCAAUAAGCACAGUAUUAAAAUCUCUGAUGGCUUUAUUAAACCAUUUCCCACUAUUUGCACUCCUAUUAAGGCUGAAAGAUCCCAGGCGAUUACCGGGAGGAAUAUCCAUAAAAUUAAAAGGGUUUAAUUAUGUGUUAGAAAAUAAUCCUUUAAAAGUUUCUAUGAUGUUUCAGCCUUACGCUGAUUCAAUGUCCAUUGUCGCACAGAAAUUUAUGUCCCUUAAAACCAUACAUGAUGUAAUUUUGGGUCAGCCAAUUAUGGUUCAUCAAGUUAGCUUAUACCAUGUCUUAUACUCAUCACUACCAUUGAAACCAGUUGACACUAACCUCAUAUGGAAAGAAUUAGAACAAUUGAUGACUUGA